CGACACGGUGCUCCGCCAGUCCCUUCCCCGCUGUGAUGAGGUGCUGAGCAGGUCCAACACGAGCGACGCGAAGGGCACACGGAGGGACAUCACGAGGAUUGGCCGUCAGUGCUGCUCAUGUGGCUUGAACAGAGGGUCCGGCUGUAACCACCUGGUGGUCAUCACUACAACACCAUGACUCACCUGGGCCUGUCCCUCCCCCUCCUGCUGCUCUGCUUCUCCAUGCACGGCGCCUCGACACAAGGAGAGGAUUUCUAUGAAGAAGACGAGGCAGCGGGUUAUGGACCGGUGUUUGAGGAGCAGCCGGUGGACACCAUCUACCCGGAGGAGUCGCCCGAAGCCAAAAUCACCAUGACCUGCCGCGCUAAGGCCGACCCGCCCGCCACAUACAAGUGGAUGUUUAACGGAGAGAUAAUUAUCUUGAAACCACCGAGCAACUACAGUUUAGUCGGGGGUAACUUGGUCAUCAGUUACCCCAACAAGAGCAAACACGUGGGGCAGUACUCCUGUCUGGCAUCCAACAAGUAUGGAUCAGUGCUCAGCCGCUCCGCCUCUGUGCAGUUUGGAUACCUGGAUUUCUUCUCAUCAGAGGAGAGAGAGUCUGUGCAUGUGAAAGAGGGCCAGGGAGCUGUGCUGCUGUGUGCCCCUCCUCCACAUUAUCCAGCCGAGCUGUCAUUCCGAUGGAUCCUCAACGAGUUCCCCACCUUCAUCCCACUGGACAAGAGACGUUUUGUCUCCCAGAUAACAGGCAACCUUUACAUCUCUAAAGUGGACGCGUCGGACAGCGGCAACUAUUCCUGUAUUGCUUCAAGCCCUUCCAUUUCAAAGAGCGUCUUCUCCAACUAUAUUCCCCUGGUGCCCAUAGCUGAGCGUCCCAUCAGGAAGUAUCCCGCUGAUCUCAAAGUCAAAUUUCCAGACACCACAGCGAUGGUGGGACAAAAUAUUACCCUGGAAUGCUUUGCUUUGGGAAACCCUGUCCCUGAAAUCCGCUGGAAGAAGUUAGAUGGACCCCUGCCGGCCCAUCACGAGGUGCGCAUGGCAGGGGCUCACUUGCAUCUCAAUAACAUACAAAUCGAGGAUGCUGGUACAUACAUGUGUGAAGCAAUCAACUCUAAAGGAAAGGACCACCAUUCUGCGGAGCUGUCAGUUGAAGCUGUCCCUCAGUGGGUGGAGCAUAUUACCAACAUCGAAAAAGGCCUUGGCAGUGAACACUCCAUGUCUUGUUCAGCCAGCGGCAAACCCAAACCCCACAUCCAAUGGCUCAAAAACGGACAACCGUUUGUGAGAACCGACAUGUCGUUUAGCGAGUUGGCAUUUGAAGAUGGGGGGAUGUACCAGUGCGUGGCAGAAAACCGGCAUGGGGUCAUCUACGCCAAUGCAGAGCUGCGUGUGUUUGCCUGUGCACCCACAUUUGAGCACAGCCCUGUGAGGAGGGUGCUGGCUGCUCGAAAUGGCCGUGUGGUGAUUGAGUGUCGACCUAGAGCUGCCCCCGAGCCCACCAUCUCCUGGAGCAAAGAUACUGAGCUGCUUUUCAACUCCACCAGGGUUUUCAUAUGGGAGGACGGGAGCCUGGAAAUACUCAACGUAACACGGGCAGAUGAGGGACGUUACACCUGCUUUGCUGAAAAUGACCGGGGCAAAGCCAACAACACCGGCUCACUCCUAGUUACUGAUGCCACAAAGAUCACCCUGGCUCCAGCUAAGACAGAUGUCAAAGUGGGACAAGACGCCUACAUGCAGUGUGCCGCGUCACAUGACCCCUCCCUGGACAUCACCUUCAUCUGGGCUCUGGAGGGGAAGGUGAUCGACCUCCACAAGGACAGUCUGCACUAUGAGCGCCCCCUGAAUGGCAGCUCUAAUGGAGAACUCCUCAUCAGAAACGUUCAACUGAAGCACGCUGGGAACUACAGCUGCACCGCUCAGACUCCUGUGGACAACGUGACCGCCUCUGCCCACCUGCUCGUCCGAGGUGCCCCAGGAGCUCCUGGAGGAGUCAGAGUGUUGAACAAAACAGAGAAAAGUAUGACGCUGCAGUGGAGUAAAGGAGCUGACAACCAUAGUCCUAUAUCAAGAUACACCAUACAGUACAAGGACCCUUAUUCUAAAGUCUGGAAGAAUGCCUCCACAUCUCCUGCAAUUGUGGAGGGGAAUUCCGAGUCGGCUUUGGUGAUGGAUCUGUUUCCCUGGACAGACUACGAGUUCAGGGUGAUCGCCACAAACACAUUGGGAACAGGAGAACCAAGCAGCCCCUCACCCAGAGACAAGACGUCUGAAUCAUUUCCUGUGGUGGCACCCUCAAAUGUCACUGGAGGAGGAGGGACCAAUGGAGAACUCAUCAUUACUUGGAAGCCUGUGGAACCUCAGUACUACUUUGGACCAAACUUUGGUUACAUCUUGGCCUUUAAAAAGAAGAACACUUAUGAAUGGAGAUACGUGACAGUGGCUGACCCCCAGGCGAGGCGUUACGUUCACAAAGACUCCACCAUCCCUCCAAUGACAGAGUUUCAGGUCAAAGUCAAAGCGUUCAACAGCAAAGGAGAAGGUCCCUACAGCACCACGGCAACCAUCUACUCUGCACAGGAGAUUCCGUCAAAAGCUCCACAAAUAAUAAGUGGAAAAGCUCUGUCUGCCUCCACUGCCAUUUUCUGGUGGUUGCCCCUCAAUCAGAGCAGUAUAGAUGGGUACCAGGUGAGGUUCUGGCGGACUCACAGAGACCCAGAGGAACGAGAACAUAAAGUGGUGGUGUCCCAUAAAGAGAACCACACCCGGCUGGAUGGGCUCAAACCAGACUCUCACUACUUUAUAGAAAUCCGAGGAUACAACUCAGCAGGAUACGGCCCACCCAGUGACCCCCUGCAGAUCCACACCAAAAAAUCACCUCCUAAACAAGCCCCCAAAGUCACAAAGAAGUUUAACAGGGGAAUGGUGAAUAUUUCCUGGGAGGGCGUGAAACCUCAGGGAAAUGAAGCUCCGGUGAAGGAAUACAGAGUUUUAUAUAGAAAAGUUGGCCACUCUUCAGGAUCUCUUUUCACGACCCACAAGCUCUACAUCGACCUGCCAGUGUUCACUGAUGGGAAGUACGUGGUGGAGGUCCGAGCGCACUCAGAAGGAGGGGAUGGACCCGUGGGACAAAUAGAAAUCCUAAGUGGAGGUGCAAUGUCCCCCCGGUCCCUCUGCUCCCUCCUCCUGCUCCUGGUGGCUCUGCUCUGCCUGAACCUCUGAAUGUAGCACCAUCUCUGGACUCAUAUAUCCGUGAAGGACACUCUUUAUGCUCAACGUCUUGCAAGGGACUAAGGGACCUCUGCGCAAUCCGCUGGUUCUACCUUGUAAACAGGACGUCACCUAUACCAACUCUCCUGCCCUCUCUCAAGUGUGCAAAAGACACAGAUAUGGAACAAUAUUUAAAAUCUCUGGAGGAGGGAGAGGCGACUUUAAAUAUGCCUUAUAUCAAUGGAUGCACUUAUCUUUCACAUUGACUUGUUCCUGGAUGGACCGUGACUGGAGGUUUUUGUGUAUUCAAAGACACCUUUUCUUUGCAUUCCACUGUAUGAGCGAAUCAAGGAGCUGUGAAGGAUAAGUGUAUGACUUUGUAAAUUUGUAUGUUUUUUUUCAGUGGCAUUCUCACACAUUCACUUCGUUAAUGAGGCACCUGGGUCACAGGUGUACAGCCAAAGCAAAUAACAAACUAAUAUGAAUACAAAAUAUGUUUAAAAGGUUUGGAAUGUUUGGGUUAUGUAUAAGUUUUCAGUCUGCUUCUUCAAAUUGGCCUGUAAAAUCCAUAAAUGUCAUUGUUAUUAUGAACUAGCUUUGGUAAUACAAUAGCUGCACUCUGGAACUUUUGGUGGCCACAGCUACCAUCUUAUCCCCAUGGAAACAUUAUUGCUUUGUCUGGAAUGUUCCAUAUUAGUAUAGUCCUGAGGUUCAUUUCGUCUUCCUUUUUUCAAACCAAGGCUUAUUAGUUUUCAUACCUGGUCAUAUAAUGUUGAUCAGACAUGUCACAGCAACAUCAUGUGACCACUCUGAAGUCCACGAGUGUCAUGAGCAAUACAAACUGUCAGGUAUGAAAACAAAUACAUUUUGGUCUGAAAAAAGAAUCUGUUCCAUGGUAUGGUAUUAAACUUAUUUUGCAUUUAUUCAUUAACAGAUGUUUUUAUUGCUCAGAAAUGACCCGGAAAACAUGUAUUCUUACUGUAAGUUGGGUUGCCUCUCCACAGAUCUGCACUUUCUUUGGAGGCACGUGCCUCCUUAAAGAUAAGUUUAGUACCAUACAGUAGAAUAUUUUGUAACAUAUGAAGAGUUCAAUAGUGAAAGCAAAUAGCUACAUUUUUAAAAAUUGCCAAAAAGUUUAUUUUCUUUUUGUUACCAUCUUCUAGAGAUAUUAGCAAUGAUAAUAAUGUGUAAUGGAUUUUAUCAAGAAGAGACAGAGUAACAUCUUGAUAGCAGUAAAAUACAUCUGGCUUUUGAAAAUUGUACUAUACUAAGAGUAAACUACAAGUAUUUGAUCUCAUUUUCAAAUGGCACUUAUCUGAUUUUGCAAAUGAACUCUUCAUAUAUAACAUUUGAAUCGAGAAAACCAAGUGGGAAAACCUCCACCAGAAAGGUUACGUAACAUGUCUUUCAGACAGAGGCAUUGAAUAUUUGUUGCCAGAAAACUCUGUCGUUUUCUCAACCAGACUUUACUGGGCUUAGUGGAAAACUCCUUCAAUAUAAAGUGUCCCACUAGUUUGCUUGUUGCUUUGACUGUACGGCCUGGCCCUUAGCUGUACCAUUUGGUGCUCCUCAUGAAUGUUGUCAUUUUAUUGCAUACGUUACCACGUUCAUAUCAUUUCCAUUUUCUGUGUGAGAGAACCGCUACUUAGGACACCCAUGCCCUGAAGACAAUUGUGCAAUGUUCGCUUAUUCUGUGGCAUCUUUAUAUUUGUAUCAAAACAACUUGCCUAGCUCUUUUAACAGCAAUCUUGUACAUUUGAUUUGAUGUGAGCUAAUGUGAGCAAAGCCAUUUGUGUUGGCUCAUUCAAUGCAAGUUAUCAUUUUAUAUUUGUUUUUUCUAACCAGAUUUGUUCCCAGUUUAUAAGCUGUUUACCAUAACAGAUAUUAUAUUUCUUUGUCACAUGACCCAUUGUGGUUGAGAAAAACAAUGCUGCGAUUCAAAUUCAUUUCUACAUUUGACCGACGCUGGUCACAUCUCUCCGUCUCUACAACAAAAGCCACCGCAGAGUGCUUUCCACCAGUUUUCCUCCAUGCAACCAAUCAUUUUGAAAUCAGUUGCCAAAUGCAUGAAUGCCUUGACACAGCCGUGGUUCUGAAUUUGUAACAUGCAUGAGACCGGAUAAGAUGGUCCAUUACUCUCUCCAACUGUCAUUCUUCAAGCGGCCAUCAGAGGAGCAACAUCUCUUGUGUGGAGUGACAUCCCUUUACAGCAGAAACUCUAUAGACUUGAACCUACUGUGCAUUAGCUCAACGAGACAUCUUCUGUGAGGGGAAAAGCAGACGCGGAGGUCAGGAAGUGAACGCUCCAAUUCUAACACUAUGACUGGGAUUGGAAGCAGUGCUAUGUGGCGAAGACCUUACAGGACAAGAACUCAGUGAGGAGUAAGACUGGAAAAGGUACAAUAAAAGUGUAGUUAACUAUG